UCAUACGGCGUUCAUGUGCAAUUAUUUUAACUCAGAAAUUCAUAUUUCCGAUAAUUCCGAGAGCACGUGAAGGCAGCAUAAAUUACACUAUUUGGGGAAGAUAUUACCCUAUAUCUAAUGUAUAAAUUAGUUGCGUUUUCACGUAAAAAGUUAGCACUUACACAGGUUUUAGAAAUAGUCACGUGUGUUUACAAUAACAGCUAUUGCAAAUAUUUUAAAUGCAAUUAUUUCCGCAGUUUGUAGACAACUGCAAAAACAGGUUGAUUUGAGGAAAUACCACUUUAAGAAAUAAAUGGCGGGCUGCACGUGCGCGUUUUCCUCCGGACAACUUUCUGUUUACCUUUAAAAUAUCAAUUGGAAACACAGAUCGAGGACCAUGUUUUAUUCUCAACUCUUCACCUCAAAAAGAGGAACAUUAGCAAAGAUCUGGCUGGCAGCACACUGGGAAAAGAAAGUAACCAAAGCAUACGUGUUUGAAUGUGACCUUGAGACCACCAUCAAAGAAAUUUUAUCCCCAAAGGUUAAAAUUGGCUUGCGAACAUCCAGUCACCUUCUUGUAGGAGUCGUGCGGAUAUACUCUAGGAAAACUAGAUACCUACUUGCAGAUUGCAGUGAUGCAUUGGUCAAAAUUAAAGUGGCUUUCCGGCCAGGACAGACAGAUUUAACAGAGGAUGCAUUGGAGGCCACAUUUAAUAAUAUCACUUUACAAGAAGACUUCACUGACUUUGACUUCCAGUUGCCUGACCUGAACACCAUUGAUGUGGCAGACCACUUCUCUUUAAACCAGUGUCGCACAGAAGACAUUACUCUUAAAGAGACAUUGGGGAGCAACUUUCACACUGUGGGCAUAGGAGAGGAAACCAACACUUAUCAAGGUCUUUUUGAUCAAAGUUUCAGUGUCCAAGGCGACUGCUUUGGUGAUGAAGAAAUGCAGGUUGACCUCAUUGAUAUUAUAUCAAGCAACAGUAAGGACGCUCUUGUGACUGAUUUCUAUUGGAACAUUCCUAAUGAAUCACCAGCUACACCUCCUCCAACUGCUGUCAGUGUUGAAGAGCCGGUGUUUGUGAAUCAAGAGGUUUCCACUUCAAAGACGGGUGUGAAUAGUCCAGCCAUGACUGAAACCACGUUCUUAGUGCAUGCAGAGGAAGGCUUUGCCCUUGCACCUAUUGUUAUUAUACCAUCUUUGAUAAAGAAGAGUGGGAAUGCGAAGAGGAAGCUGGUGGUUGAUCGGUCAAAGGAGCUAACUAAUGAUGUCAUAAGGGAGCAACUGGCUGACACUUCUGACCUUUUGACCACAUUAGAGAUUGCCCCACCCACUCAACAGCUCAUGGAGUGGAAGGCAAAUGGAGGGGUGAAGCAACUGUUCUUGUGUUUCUGCCUUCCAGUCUUGCACCCUGAUUUAAAGCAGCUGUUCCCUCGUAACAUGUCUCCUAGGAGACAGCGGUCUGGGGUAGAAGUGGGAGAGCAGACUGACCCCGAAGAGAUGAGAGAGCAAACUAGAGAGGCUGACAGUGAGGACACUGCUGAGCCAGUACCGGAUGAAUGGAGUUUGCUGCAGGAGUCUAUAGCUCCAGAUAUAGCAGCAGACACAUCUGUAGAGCAUUCUGUUAGUCAUACAGAACCUCCACUCCCCUGGAACACCACUUGGGAGGAGAGUAGGAUGAGAGUGUCUUAUCCAGAGCCUCUUUCUGAAGACUCAGUGUUGACUCAUCUAUUUAGAGAGGCAAGGGAAACUCCAGUGGUGGCACAAACACGGGAGCAGUCUUUAAUGGACAAUCAGGAUGUGGAGGACAAGAGAAUGACCAUUCAGGCACGCAAACUUCUCCAAAUGCUCAAGAGAUAUUUGUCCUGUGGAAUCCCUGCAUCUUUGGAGAUAGACUGUGUAAGGCAGUACAUACCCAUGUCCCUCACGUCUAGCAGAAGGCCAUCUGCUGGUUCUCGCAGAAGGCCUGCUGCCCCGAGCAGCGCUCGUCACUCACAUGGGGACUCGCCUCUCCGUAGCAGUUAUUCAACAUCACCCUGCAAAUGUACAGAGAGCAAUACUGCAACACGUUCCAAUCCAACCACACCACGACGGCAAGUGAAGUAUGCAGCCUGUAGUGAGAAUCACGGCAUCCGUCCGCCUGCCCCUGAGCAGUAUCUCACCCCCCUACCGAAGGAAGUGUGUAUUCGUCACUUACGAGCUCGGCUGAAAGAUAAUGUGGAAAGGCUUCAGGACCGAGACUCUGAGAUUGAGGAUUUGCGGAUGCGACUGACUCAGAUGCAGGAUGAUUGGAUUGAGGAGGAAUGUCAUCGCGUAGAGGCCCAGCUGGCCCUGAAAGAGGCGCGGAUGGAGAUCCGGCAGCUUCAGCAGGCCGUGGACACAGUUAGGUCCAAUCUAGGUGUCCCUGAGUCAGAACAACAGGACUGUAAGUCUGAAAGUCUCCGUGCAGGUAGUAUAGGGCCACGAAUUGGGGCAUCUAGGUCUUGUGGCUGCUCUCCAGCCCACACUAUGAGUCACAGUGCCACUUUUACCAGGCUAAGUAGCGAGACAUCACCUGGCACCACAGACCGUAAUGGAAAUGUGCAUUCUAGACGCUACAUUCCCGCCAACAGAGGGGCAAUGACGUUACCUAGAGGUGAUGGCCGCACUCAUCUUCUUCUGGAAGCCGCUUUGCUGCAUGAGCAACUGCCACAUGCACAAAUAUGCCCUGUGUUGUCACGAUCCUCCACCUGUGAGAGAUUGUGCGGCGGAGAGUCAAUCUUGCCGGUUAGUCGAUCUUGCCAUGCAGUGAACAACAACUGCAGCUGUGGUCCACAUAGCUACCUCCCACAUCACCAUCUAUUUCUGCACCUCCCACAAGAGGAAGCACCUCCUCCUCCCCCACCACCAGCGCCCCCUAGUGCAUCAGAGGUAGGUGACAAGCCAGGGUACCGUUCACAGGCGUGCAGUCCCACCAUAACCUGGAUCUCCGAAGAGGGCAGAGGCGAGGAGCUGAGCAUCAUCACUUCAGCAACCUGCGCACCAGAUGUUACCCUAGCGGAGCUGCAUGUGUUUUCGCCAUCAUCUGCGGCUACUUCACCUGCUCAGAUAUCUUACGCUACCGAACCUUUGCCACUUGACAACACGGUUGAAUUUACAUUAUUGACAACAACGCCUAUGGUGUUGACCAAACCACAGGUUCACCAGCCCUGCCCCAGAUCUUCACCGCUUGCAGAAUCACCAACACAGGAAGCAGUGCUAAUUACGGUCAAUGAUGAAAAUGAAGUGGGUGGAGCUUGUGCCGCAGAGGAGGAGGCUGAACCCACUUCUCCUAAGAGGAGCCACUGGAGCCGUUACUUCCUAAUUGAUCUGUUAGCGGUAGCUGUUCCUGUAGUUCCCACAUUGGCAUGGUUUUGCCGAGGGGCAAGGAAUGAAGGCAUGCCCAUGUACAACAUGGGCUCCCUGCUGCGCGGCUGCUGCGCCGUUGCAUUGCAUUCUCUAAGGCGGGUUGGCAUCAGCUCUGAUUCUAGCCCCUCAGGAACAGGAAGAGCAAGACCUAUUUGAAAACUUUUGUUUUGCCAUACUAUCAAAAGAGAACUUAAUUUUGACUCUUUUUCCUUGUCUGUGUCUCCCAUUAGCUAAAUAAUUUUGAACCAAAAAGGCCUCCAUCCAUUAAACCAGUGCUUGUUUGAGACAGGAUCUGGGACUGUGGACCAUAUUUGCACAAACAUUUACUUGUUUAAUGGCUCUUGCUCAUUUCCACCAUUUGUUUUACCUUUUCCUUCUGGUUCCUUUCUUAUCUGCUGGAUUUCCCCUCAUUCUAGGUUGAAACUAACCAGACAAAACAGAGCCAAAUAAAACUGAAAGCAGCAAUAAGGUAAAACUCUAAGCUGAGCUGAGAAUGUACAGAAACUCUACCAAAUAUAUAUUUUUAGGCCUUUAAAACAAAUAGGGAAGUCAAAGAGUUCUUUGAAUUUUUUUGCACAUUUCCAUCGCAUUUGCCUUGGAGUUUACUUCACUCUACUUUUUUAAUUGUCGUAUUGAGGUAUAUUUGAUUCUAACCUUAAGUGGGUCAGACCGUGGUUCAAUUUCAGAAAAAGGACAUUUCAGAUCGUCAAGGCUGGACUUCCACAUUUUAAACUUUUACAUACUCAUUACCAGUAUUCUCUGUAUGACAUUAGAACUACAACAAUGUUUUUAGAGUACUGAAAAGAAAAAAAACUAAGGUCAAUAGGUGUCUUGCAUCUUGCUGUCCUGAAAGAAAUGCUUUACUUAGUGCAUUGAAUAUAAUUCUUGUGAAUCACAAUUCUGUGUGAUUCUUUUGUUUCAGUCUCGAGCUUCUUUUUUUUAUGUGCUCAACUGUGCUGCUUAAGCAGAAUUGUAAAACUGCUUGAUGUCAAUUUCCAUAUGAUUAACAUGGUUCAUUGAAUUGUAGAAAAUUGUUUCAAUGUCCAAUUUCAUUGAUAAAACUUUUAAAGGUAACGAUUUAAGAUUUUAAUCAGUUUAGCCGGCUGUUGUUCAAACGAUGAUCUCAGGUGGCACUCAGGUGAACAGUACAUAGAGAAUGCACAAUGAACGGAAACUCAUGACAAAAGACCCAUUCAUUAGCAAAGGUUUGUAUCAACAUUGAUAUUAAUUGCUGCAUGCAUCCAUCCAAAUUUUAGCUAUAUUUAAGUCAACUACUUAUGCAAUGGUGUAAUACAUUUCUAAACUAGUGUAUUAGUGCUUUCCUGUAGCACAGUGGUAAAAGCACUGAGUUAACACAAGGUUGUGGGUUCGAUCCUGGGGAUUGCAAAUACCUAUGUAAAAUGUAUAGGAUAAAGCAAUGUAAGUCGCUUUGGAUAAAAGCGUCUGCCAAAUGCCUAAAUGUAAAUGUAUUAAGAGGUAACAAAAAAUUGUAAAAAUGGCUAAUCAUGGCAAUGGUAGAAGGGCUGCUGUAAGAUGCAUGUUAGCACAACUCCUAGUAGCCUAGUUAGAAAAACGUAUUUUCGAUUGACAUUUGGAUGAUCGUUUAUCUUGAUUUGAUGAUGCAGUUCAAUAUACGGUGAUUGUGAAAUUUGAUUACCCAAUUCACUCCUUGAAAAUGAAGUGAUUCAUUAAAAUGACAAGACAACUCAAAAUGUUGCUUUUGUUUUUCAUUUAGUGCCUGAACUAGGCACAAAACGGAAAAUGUUGUUUGAUACCAAUAAAUUACAGAAAUCACUUCGUCAUUCUCAUUUGGAUGAAGACCAAUGAGAUUCCAGGGUGGACAGGGAUAC